AUGGCUGCAGCUUCUUCGUCCUCUGUUGUUUCGUCGACGUCGUCUUUCCUGGUGCCUCCCGUUUCUUUGGUGGUGUCGGAUCAGGAGCUUCUUGAUGAUGAUUCACUCAUGGUGUCAUCUAUCCAGCUGGCCGUUUUUUUGCCCGUCACUGCUCCUACUCUGAGGCACGUCAUCGACAAUUUUCCUUACAUGAGUCGUGGUCACUAUGCUACUAUUGCUGGUGCACACUUCGUUAGUAUUCGGACCUCUGAUCGUAAGGAUCAUUUACGCGACUUGUUAAGAGUCCAUGUGUGUGACGCUCGGUGUGUCAACAAUCUUGUUGUAUUUCAGCUUUUGAAGACGCCUCGGCGAUACUUCGCACAUGAGAUGAUGCCUGACCCAUUUUCAGUUCUUUUUAAGCCAGCAAGUCGUAAUCGAGCCACUCGGUCCAAACACAUCGUGACGACUGAUGGUGAGACACCUCAAGCCAAGCAGCGGCGUCAAACUUGUGUAACCCACGAUGCUCCUGAUGAUUGCGAUGGUGCCUUUCCGAUCCUGCUGUCUUUUGACGACAAAAAAAGCAUCAUAGCUGAAUGGCAACAACGAAUGAGCCAGACGUCACUCCGAAGGAGUCCAUGUGCAUGUUGUGCUCACAAUGUUCCGGCAACGGAAUUGGUGCUUGUUGAUAUUCAGAAGGUGCCGCUGCAUUUACUUCGCAAUGACUGUCUACCCGAGCACACUCUGCCGCAAACCUAUGCUUUUGAAUUGUAUGAGCGAGCUAUAUUGUAUCCCAAGGGGUUACAAGAUCUAUGGGCUAAAUCGGACAUAUACUUGUGUCGCACUUGCCGCUCAGCUUUGGUGUCUAAGUCACCGCGGCAGCCUGUCAAUUCUCUAGCCAACUUUCAAUAUUACGCUCAUGAACGUUUACCACCAUUGAUCCGUUCAGCAUUCUUGGAAGCCUCUGUUUAUGAUCUGAUGUUGGUUUCUCGAGCCCGUGCAUCUCAAAUUGUCCACCAUUAUGCAUACAAACCGUCAUCUGGAUCCCAUUGGACUGCCGAGGAGGCCUCACAGCGAUAUAACAAAGGAAAUGUCGCCGUGCGAGCGCAAGAUUCCACUGAAUUGCGAAUAUUGUUGCUGCCCAGUCCUGAUGAGUUGCAUGAUGCAAUGUGUGUUAUUUUUGUUGGUCACAAGCAGGUGCCUACCAGAGAAACAAUCAAGUCAUUGUGA